GUCUUUGCUCGUUUGCAGUAUAAAAUAAAUCUAUUAUUAAAAGUAGGUCAUCGCAUUUUGCGUAUUCGGUUGUUUUGGCAGUAUUUAUGUACAUAAAUUGUCAAGUUAAUAUGUUUUGCAAGUUAUAGGUGUUAACUCCUUAAUUUGUUUGUGGUGAGAAAUAAAUAAAUAUAUUACGAAUUAUGAAUGUUACCCCUACAUUAAACAGCAUAGUUGAGAACACUACAUUUUGGAAUGAUUAUCCUAAAAAUUCAAAUAAUUACAUUACCUUAAGACAAAGUAUUGUAAUUUGCUUUUUAUUUAUUAAAAAUUUAACCAAGUGGCAACAGUUUUUAAAGUUAUAAAUGGAAAGUUUCAAUUUAUCGUGGCCUAAUUCUGAUUCAUUAAUACAAGUCGCAAGUGAAUAUUCAUCCACAAUGGGUGUUGGAUUUGGAAUAAAAAAUCCCAAUUGGGAUUUAAACAAAGGAGCAUACCCAGAAGUCGAUGAAUACCCCUUGAUGGCAACCCUUGGUCCAGUGGUUAUGAUAAUAGCUAUAUAUUUGCUGUUCAUAUUGAAAGUUGGGCCUGCAUUUAUGAGGAAAAGGGAAGCGUACAAAUUGAAAAAAACGCUCUUAAUAUAUAACGCCAUACAAGUGGCGGCAUCUGUAUAUCUAGUGGGCAGAUUCACCAGCGAUUUGUUGCACAUGGGUCUCGUGCCCAAAACAUGUCACAUGGAUCAAGAAGGUACUAGAAAACAGGUCAUCAUGGGCAUAUGGUUGUACUUCGCUGCAAAAGUAUCCGAACUUCUAGAUACAGUGUUCUUCGUGUUAAGAAAGAAGACUAGCCAGAUCUCUUUCCUCCAUCUAUACCAUCACACGGUCAUGGUGAUAGGCACAUGGGCGAUGCUAAAGUAUUCACCAUCGCACACCCUCAUAUUUAUUGGGUUUCUGAACUCUUUAGUACAUGUUUUCAUGUACACUUAUUACGGACUGGCGGCUUUGGGGCCAAAUAUUGCUAAAUAUCUUACAUGGAAAAAAUACAUGACCAGUUUUCAACUAAUACAGUUCGUUUUAAUAAUCAUGCAAUACUUCAGCGCCGUAAAGACAUCGGACUGUCCGCCAUCUAAAGGCAUUGCCGGAUUUAUCAUAAGCAACACUUUCGUAUUUAUACUUCUUUUCUCAAACUUUUACAAAAAGAAUUAUAAUGCAGAAUAUAAGAAAACAGAGAAGUGCCAAUGAGAGUACCAAUAUGUUAGCGAAACUUAUGUUAAAUUUACACGUCUUGGUACUUGUAUAAAACGUGUAAAAAGGUUCAAUGUAUUAAGUCUGUAAAUACAACAACCAUUUCAAACAUAAUGCCUAUAGGUUUGUGCUUAUGAGCAUUAGCAAUAGUUUAUCAAUGUAAAUUCAAUGUUAUAUUAAAACUAGCAUUUUGCCUUUUAGAUUUUUUGUUUUAUAUUUAUAAUAUUAGUAUUUAAAAAUAAAUACAUGUUGAUGUAAGGUUUUAUUAUGUAUUAUAUAGGAAAAUAUGUAAAAUACACUCUUGAUGAGAAGUAUUUGAGUUUAAGGUAAAAUUUUAAGUAACAUACUCACAUAGUAAAUAUAGUAUGUAAGUCACAUUGAACAAGAUUCAUUACUAUAAUUUUGUUAUAAUUUUUACUAUAAUUUUAUUUCUCUUGAGAUAAAAAUCUAAACGUCAAAAUUCACUUUUAAAGUAUAUUUAUGCAAAAUAGUCUGAUAAUAAUACUAUUUUGAAAUAAUUAUUUCCGAAAUAUUUUUUAUUCAAUUACUUUUGUGUAAAAUAAUCUCUGCAUGAUAUAUUUUAUAUUAUAUUGAAUUUUAUAUUUUAUUAUUUACGUAAUUAAUUAAUUUAAUUUUUAUGAACACAUCUUUUUUUUUUUUAAAAAAAGAGUUUAUGUGAACAUUAUACAAAAUUAAUUAUAAUAAAUAGAUGCCGAGUUGUUUACUUUUUAAUAAUUGUUAUUUAUAAUAACAGAAAGUACACAUUAAAAUGCAUUCCAGUAUGUUCAUGAAACUGAACGAGUUAUAUCAAAAAAAUAAUUUAUUAAACCUGCGAUCACGUGAUCCAUUUGAUAUAUGUGACUUCAUAUUUCGCUUUCCUUAAAGAAAGUAUUAUUUAGUUUCAUAAAUUCACAAAAUUUUCUAUUAUUAUCAAGUGCCUAUGUAUAUUGAAAUGUAAAAAUUUCAA